UACCAACGAAACCCUAUUUCUAGUGAAUUAAAUUAGCACACUCGAUAAAUCAUUGAAAUACAUGUCUCAAAAAAAAAAAUGAACAAUUACUGCAAAGCUUGUUAGUUGUGUUCCAAUUCUAUGCAACCUUGUUGGAGCUGUGUCAGCUAUUGAUAACGACUGAACCCCUGAGGGACAUUGUUACGUAUUUUGCUUCUCUUAAUCUCUGCAAUAGUUUUUGGACUGUUUCUGCCAAUCAAAAAUGGGUAGUAAUGAUGUGAGGAAACCUUCUGUUAUGGUUUGUGCUCCAAUCACAGCAACACAACGAUCUGUAUCUAUUGAGCAAAUUGUGAAUGACAUGCAUCAGGCAAAGGCAGAAGGUGCUGAUCUAGUGGAGAUUAAGCUUGACUGCAUCACCAACUUCAACCCUCGCCGUGACCUCAAAAUCAUUCUCCAAAAUAAGCCUCUACCAGUGCUUAUUGUUGACUGGCCAAAAUGGGAAGGCGAUGAGAACAUGCGAUUGGAAGCAUUGAAGCUUGCUGUGGAAUUGGUGGCUGAUUUCAUAGAAGUUGAGUUGGAGGCAGCUUCUUGUCUUCCAACCUUGGUGGAACAUAAGAGAAAUCAUAAUAGUCAUGGAAAAAUGAUUGUUUCCUGCAAUGUGGAUGGAAUCACCCCUCCGCAAGAAGAACUCCUUCAACUUGUUGCACAAAUGCAAGCUGCCAGAGCAGAUAUCAUCAAACUUGUGACACAUGCAGCUGAUAUAACAGAAAUUAUAAGAAUUUUUAACUUGUUUCCCCAUUGUCAGGUACCAUUGAUUGCUUAUUCUGUUGGUGAAAGAGGAUUGAUAAGUCAUAUUCUAAGUCCAAAAUUUGGUGGGUUCUUUGUCUAUGGAUCAUUAGCAGGAAAUCCAAUCCCUGUUGUGCCUUCUCUUGACAGUCUCCGGGGAGCCUAUAAAUUGGAACAUGUAAAUGCAGAUACCAAGGUUUUUGGGCUCAUCUCAAAACCAGUUAGCCAUAGCAAAGGUCCUAUAUUGCAUAAUCCUUCCUUCAGACAUGUUAACUAUAAUGGAAUCUAUGUCCCCAUGUUUGUUGAUGAUCUUAAAGAGUUCUUUAGCACCUAUCCAAGCCCUGAUAUUUGUGGUUUUAGUGUUGGGAUUCCAUAUAAGGAAGAAGUUCUAAGGUUUUGCGAUGAAGUCCAUCCGCUAGCUCAGUCUAUAGGAGCUGUUAAUACCAUAAUAAGGAGACCAACAGAUGGGAAGCUUGUAGGUUAUAAUACAGAUUGUGAGUCUGCAAUUACUGCAAUUGAGGAUGCACUCAAUGAUCAUGGUUGCAAUGAUGGUGGAACGUCUUUAGGUUCACCCCUUGCUGGACGAUUGUUUGUGCUAGUUGGUGCGGGUGGUGCAGCGAAAGCACUAGCAUUUGGUGCUAAAAGCAGAGGAGCUCGUGUAGUCAUCUUUGACAUUGACUUUGACAGAGCAAAAUCUCUUGCUUGUGAUGUACAUGGUGAAGUUCAGCCUUACAAAGAGUUGGUGAGCUUUCAGCCAGAGAAAGGGGCGAUUCUUGCAAAUGCAACACCAGUAGGAAUGCACCCCAAUACAGACAGAAUUCCGGUGGCAGAGGCAACUUUGGGAGAGUACCUAUUAGUGUUUGAUGCCGUUUAUACACCAAGAAGAACCAGAUUAUUGAAAGAAGCUGAUGCUGCAGGAGCAAUUACUGUGGGUGGGGUAGAAAUGUUCCUAAGGCAAGCUAUUGGUCAGUUCAAUCUUUUCACGGGCCUACAAGCACCUGAAGAAUUUAUGCGGCAAAUUGUUUUAUCCAAGUUUUGAAGGUUUGUUUCCACAAAUAGAUCCUACAACUUGAGGGAUAUAACAUCUAAAAAAAUAUGUGCCUUAUUCUUAAUUGGGAGGACAAGUACAACCCAAUUAUCAAAAGUUUAAAUAAUUGACAGCAGAACAUCAAUUAUUAAAGGAAGAAGUGUGGAUUGCUGUAAAUUUUAUGAUAUUUAUUGUGGACGAAACUAGAAGACAUUGUUCAACCUAUUUUGUUGCCAUUGGUAAUAUUAACUUAUGGGCCUCCUAGUUGAUAGUUUUCCGGGCCUUGGGUCUGAUUC